AUUCAUAUAAAGACCGUUCUAACAUUUUGAUGAGUUGAUUCAAAAAAUUUUUUUUCUUUCUUUUACGACUUUUUUUUACGAAAAUCUUAUAGUAUUUUAAGUAUUUUAAGUAUUUUAUGACUUUACGUUCAAUGAUGAAAAAUAAUUUGUUAUUCUUUUAAUCAACGAUUAAAAAGCUAUUGGAUGAUUUGAAUUUUUAUUUUUAAUAUUUAAGUUAGUGUGAUAAUUAUCAUUCAUAAGCAAGUUAAAUCGUUCUCAUAUAACGAUAAUUAACAUUGUUCAUAAAUGUUGGAUAAAAUACACGUCAACGAUUCUUAAUAAUAUUUUAAUGAUAAUCUCAUGUUAUUUAAAUUUGUACUUUUUAAAUAAAGAAAUAAAUUACUUGAUUUCAUUGCUCUCCAUAAUCUAAUUGAAUAAAAACUUGCUGGAAAAUACAAUAUUAAUUUCUCGUUUCAAGAAAUAGAUUUUUUUCUAUUUAGUAAUAUGAAUAUUAUAAGGUAUUACACAACUGUUUUUUAUUUAAAAACUGACAUCAGCAAUAAAAUUUUUAAUCAAUUUAUGUAUACACAUGCAUAUUUUAAAAAAAUAUUAAUGUUAGUAUUUCAUUUCUCAUUUUUACGCAAUCAAAUGCCAUACCGUUGCUUGACGUUGAGAAAAUUAGUGUAAUGUUUUUUCCUUAUUAGACGUCAAUGCUGUCAUUUUAUAAAGAAACACUGAAAUUUUUCCUUUGCUGUAAUCGUAUAAAGAACUUUUAAUAUGAAUAUGAAAUGAUCUACCAGAUGUUUGACCCUUCUUCCACGAAAAAAAAGCUUAUCUCUACGAGUGUUCAUUCUUCAAUUUUAUAUUUGUCUGUCUAUAUUUAUAAGUUUCUUAAAGUGCCAGUUCCAUGCAGACGUUUCAUAGACAUGGAGUCGAUCAGAGUAGUGUUUAUUUCGAGUUUAUUUUGGUUCGCCGCGUCAAUUGUUGUGAUUUAUAUUUAUUUGAAGAAUGUAGUUUAUGGCGUUUGGAAUAGAAAGAAUGUACCACACGAUCAUCCAUCAAUACCCUUCGGAAAUGUCCCAUUAUCGUUCUUCAUGGGGGAGACAACACACGGAGAAUUGGUGAAAAAAAGUUAUCAUAAAUACAAAAACUUUCGAUUUCACGGUAUCUACAUCCUCUGCGAGCCAGUUUUAGUGAUCAAUGAUCCUGAAUUGAUUCAACUCGUGCUUGUGAAAAAUUUUACUCAAUUUUACAAUCGAGGAGUCUUGUCUGAUGCGGAAAAAGAUCCAUUGUCUGCUCAUUUAGCCAGACUCGAAGAUGAAAAGUGGAAGAGGUUGAGAAGCAAGCUUUCGCCGACUUUUACAUCUGGGAAAUUGAAACUUAUGUUUCCGUUGAUUAAGGAGAUUUGCGAUCAACUUAUUAAUACUUGCGACAAUGCUCUGGAAUCGUCUGAUAUUAUUGAAUUGAAAACAAUCAUAACAAGAUUUACAAUUGAUUGCAUAUCAUCCAUUGCAUAUGGAUUCAACUGCGAUAGUCUUCACAACACAGACACCCCAUUUCUUAAAUACGGAAAAAUGAGUAAUUAUGUUGGACGGGUUUUUAUUCUGUUCAGUUUCUUCAUACCACAACUAAUAAAAUUCGUGCCAGUUCCGGAAAAGAGACGAGAACUUGAAAAAUUUUUCACACAGAUCUUCAUAGACAUGGUUGAGCAUCGUCGAAAAGAAAAAGUUUCACGAAAUGAUUUUCUAAAUAUGCUUAUAGAGCUGAUAGAUUAUGGAAAAAUUCUAGAGGAUGAGACCUCGGAAAAAAAAUGUCAUCUUUCUAAAUUAACCGAAGCUGACAAACUAACAAUAAUGGAAGCUGUUAGUCAAGCUUUCAUAUUUUUUUCGGCUGGACAAGAAACUACGUCAUCAGCUAUAUCAUGUUGCCUUUAUGAAUUAGCUUUAAAUCCAGAUAUUCAGCAAGAACUUUUUAAUGAAAUAAAUAAAGUACACAACAAUCCUGGUGAUCUAACAUACGAAAAACUUUUUGGAAUGCAAUAUCUCGACAUGGUGUUUCAAGAGACACUCAGAAAAUAUCCAGGGUCUUCCAUCCUAAAUCGCAUUGCCGUUGAAGAUUUUAAAAUUCCAAACUCAGAUUUCAUUAUAGAAAAAGGUAUGAGAAUUGUUAUUCCAAUAACUGGUUUACAUAUGGAUCCUGACAUCUACUCAGAGCCUGAAAAAUUCAAUCCAAUAAGAUUCACGCCCGAAAAUAAAGCUAAGCGACAUAAUUUUAGUUACGUGCCGUUUGGUGAAGGACCAAGACAAUGCAUAGGCAAACGUCUUGGUUCCCUGAAACCGAAAAUUGCUUUGUUCUACAUGUUAUUAAAUUACGAAUUCUCAGUGUGUGAAAAAACAUCUAUCCCGAUAAAGUACCAACCUGAUUAUUUCGUCCAGGUGCCUUAUGAUAUAUAUUUGAAAGUAAGACGGAGAAAACGAACAAAUGAAAUUUGAUGACUCGUGAUUCAAACGAUUCUAGUUAAUGGCUUGUGAUAUAUGCUUCAUUCAAAUGAUAAAAAUAUGUGGCCAACUGAAGCUUUUUCAGAGUUAAAGGACAGGAACACACAAAAUUAUUUUACUGUACAAUAUUUACAUUUUUCUACAUGUUGUCUUCUCUUCCAACAGUAAGAAUUAAAGAUUAUGCACAAGUAAACCAAUUCGGCUUUUAUUAUUUUUUGUACCGAAACGUAGUGUUGUCAAAUUUUGGAAAUAAGUUUUUAUAAAUUGUCAUGAAUAAAAGAACAUUUCAAUGUAAUAAUCGUAUUUGAACAAUGUAAUAUUUUUCGCAUUGCAGUAAAAAAUAUUCUAGAGCACUAUAAGUAUGAUUAAAACAUUUUGAUACCACGAUUGCGGAUUAUUGUACAACAGCAUGCUUACUUUUCGAGAGCGUGUUACGCACUUAAAAUUUUAUACUCUUAUUCAGACAAGAUUAAUUUUACAAACAAAUACAAAAAACGCAUUCCAGAUAUGUCUAUCAUCGAUAGAAUUAACAUCUAAUAUAGUGCAGACUAUAACGUUGAUUAUGUGUUUUUUAUGAGGUUGCGAUCAUGUAGAAUUUUUGUUUUUGAAUAAAGGAUA